AAUCAGAGGGUAAUUAUGUCAUAUUACCAAAGGACUCACCCUUUUUAAACUGCACCCCCUCUCACCACAUACAUCACCCCUCCCCCUCUUCCCCAUUCCACCGCCACGCGCCGGAGAGUUGAAGUAUUCAUUCCCGCCGACGAAUAUUUCCUACUCUCCACUCACACACAUACCCACAACCCAGAAUCAUAUACACAUACACCUAACUUUACUAAUCUUCUUCCCCGGUCUCCUUCGCAAAGUCAAGAUUCAACCGCAUAACCAUCGUUUGAUCUUGAUCUGAGCGACACACACAUGGGUUCUGAGUUAAUAUUCCGAGGCCACGACGAGUCGCAACCCGUGACCGACUCCUACUCGCCGAAGCCGCAGAAGCCCUGGUUCAACGUCACUCGGCCGAUUUGCUACAUGCUCCGCGAACAGCGACUCCUUUUCGUGUUCGUCGGCAUUGCUAUCGCAACGCUCGUUUUCGCUUUCGUACCUUCCUCCAAUCCCCAGGCGCCGAUCCCGGACGCGUACUUUUCGACCGAGUUGACUCAGCUCCAGCCGCACCGAUCCAUGUACCAGAACGGCCACUUGGCCACCGGGUUCGGAAUCAACUCGGUCGGAAAAAUUCCGCUGGGAUUGAAACGUAAGGGUUUGCGAAUUGUCGUAACGGGCGGGGCUGGGUUUGUCGGCAGCCAUUUGGUGGAUCGUUUGAUUAGCAGAGGAGACAGUGUGAUUGUAGUGGAUAAUUUCUUCACGGGGAGAAAGGAGAACGUGGUGCACCACUUUGGAAAUCCCAGGUUUGAACUGAUUCGACAUGACGUCGUUGAGCCGCUGCUGUUGGAAGUCGACCAGAUCUACCACCUCGCUUGCCCUGCCUCGCCUGUUCAUUACAAGCACAACCCCGUCAAGACCAUCAAGACGAAUGUGGUGGGGACGCUGAACAUGCUGGGUCUGGCGAAGAGAGUCGGUGCACGGUUUCUGCUAACGAGCACCAGCGAGGUAUACGGUGAUCCAUUGCAACACCCCCAAGUUGAGACCUACUGGGGCAACGUCAACCCAAUCGGUGUGCGGAGCUGGACUGCUGAAACGUUGACCAUGGACUAUCACAGAGGUGCUGGCGUUGAGGUUAGGAUUGCAAGAAUCUUCAACACAUACGGUCCCCGUAUGUGCAUUGAUGACGGUCGUGUGGUUAGCAACUUUGUUGCUCAGGCUUUGAGGAAGGAGCCAUUAACAGUGUAUGGUGAUGGGAAGCAGACAAGAAGUUUUCAGUAUGUCUCCGAUCUGGUUGAGGGACUAAUGCGGUUGAUGGAAGGAGAGCAUGUUGGACCUUUCAAUCUUGGUAACCCAGGCGAAUUCACUAUGCUUGAACUUGCUCAGGUGGUUCAAGAAACCAUUGAUCCAAAUGCAAAGAUAGAAUUCAGGCCCAACACAGAGGAUGAUCCACACAAGAGAAAGCCCGACAUUACCAAGGCGAAGGAUCUGCUGGGUUGGGAACCCAAAGUGCCACUGCGCAAAGGUCUACCCAUGAUGGUCUCAGACUUCAGGCAAAGGAUAUUUGGUGACCACAAACAAGAUGUGGCUUCCUCAGCAUAAUCACAACUAUCGUCACUUGAAUAUGCACAUACAUCUCUCGACCUCACCAAGGUCAAAGAGAAUCGUGGAUGAUUAUUCUUCAUCUCCAUUGCCUAUCCCUGGGGGCACAGAGUAGGCGGGUGCGGCAUGAUAGAAGCAAGCAUGAAGCAUGAACCCCCCAUUCUUGCUUGUUAGCUAAUUCCUAGAGGUUAUUUUCUGAAUUAUUGUUAUGUUUCUUGUUUGUCUGUAAUUUUCCCCUUUCUUCGGCUUCUCAAUGCCCGUUUGUGAUCUUCUGUAGACCGGCUUCUCAGUUCUAUAAAGUAAACACCACAUUUUUUGCUUGCAAA